GCGGCCCCGGGCGCGGCGGGUCCGUCCAUGCGAGCGGCGCCCGCCGUCCGCGGCGCGCCCGGAGCCCGGAGCCCGCGGGGACGAGGCCAAAGUUGGGCGCGCCGCGGAGUUGCGCCCGCGCCCGGGCCCCGCGGCCCCGCGUCCCCGCGCCCCGCGAACUCCGGCGGCGGCUGAGCGACGGCCCGAGCAGCAUGCCGAGGAGGAAGCAGCAGGCCCCCCGGCGCUCGGCAGCUUAUGUUCCCGAGGAGGAGCUGAAGGCGGCGGAGAUAGAUGAGCGGCACGCGGAGGAUGGUGGGCUGCCCGCGGGCGUUGAGGAGAGCGAGUUCGCGUGUAAUGAGGAGGCGGAGAUCAAAGAGGCCCAGAGCUACCAGGACUCCCCCGUCAGCACCGCCACCAACCAGGACGCCGCCUACGGGUCCCCCUUCAGCGAGAACAGCGACCAGCCGGCCCACUUCAAAACCCCGUCCUCCAGGGAGGAGAAGGAGGAGGCCCGGGGCCCCGACGGCGCCUCCUACCCCCAGGACAGCCUGGCGCAGAUCAAGGCCGUGUACGCCAACUUGUUCUCCGAGUCCUGCUGGUCCAGCCUAGCUUUGGAUUUAAAGAAGUCCAGCGCCGCCGCCCGCCGCCGCCCGCCCCCCAGCAACAGCGAUGGCGGCCAGAAGGAGGGCUCCGCCCCGGCCCCCGCGCCCCCCGCCCACACCGCGAGCGCCGCCGCCGCCGCCACCACGGCGGCGGGGACGGCCGGCACCAGCGGCGGCGGCGGCUCGGGGUACGACUGGCACCAGGCCGCCCUGGCCAAGACGCUGCAGCAAGCGUCGCCCUACGGGCUGCUGCCGGAGCCCAGCCUGUUCAGCACGGUGCAGCUGUACCGGCAGAACAACAAGCUGUACGGCUCCGUGUUCACCGGGGCCAGCAAGUUCCGCUGCAAGGACUGCAGCGCCGCCUACGACACCCUGGUGGAACUGACGGUGCACAUGAACGAGACCGGCCACUACCGGGACGACAACAGGGACAAGGAGUCGGAGAAGACCAAGCGCUGGUCCAAGCCGCGGAAGCGCUCCCUGAUGGAGAUGGAGGGCAAGGAGGAUGCCCAGAAGGUCCUCAAGUGCAUGUACUGCGGGCACUCCUUCGAGUCCCUGCAGGACCUCAGCGUGCACAUGAUCAAAACCAAGCAUUACCAGAAAGUGCCUCUGAAGGAGCCGGUGCCGGCCAUCACCAAGCUGGUCCCUUCCACCAAGAAGCGAGCCCUUCAGGACCUGGCGUCGCCCUGUUCCCCGGAGACGGCGGGCGCGGCCUCGGAGGCGGCCGCGCUGAGCGAGGCGGCCAAGGACCAGAAAGCGGCGAACCCCUACGUGACGCCCAACAACCGCUACGGCUACCAGAACGGCGCGAGCUACACGUGGCAGUUCGAGGCCCGCAAGGCGCAGAUCCUCAAGUGCAUGGAGUGCGGCAGCUCCCACGACACCUUGCAGCAGCUCACGGCCCACAUGAUGGUCACGGGCCACUUCCUCAAGGUGACCACCUCCGUCAAGAAGGGGAAGCAGCUGGUGCUCGACCCCGUGGUGGAGGAGAAGAUCCAGUCCAUCCCCCUGCCCCCCACCAGCCACGCCCGGCUGCCGGCCUCCGGCGUCAAGAAGCAGCCCGACUCCCCCGCCGGCGCCGCCACCACCGCCGCCGCCCCGGACGAGAAGAAAGAGCCGGACAAGGAGAAGGAGAAGGCGCCGGCGCCGGGAGACCCGGAGCGGAAGAUCAAGGAGGAGAGCGAGGACGCGGCGGAGAAGUUCGAGCCCACCGCCCUCUACCGGUACCUGCGCGAGGAGGACCUGGACGACGGCCCCAAGGGGGGCGUGGACAUCCUCAAGUCCCUGGAGAACACGGUGUCCACGGCCAUCAGCAAGGCCCAGAACGGCGCCCCCUCGUGGGGCGGCUACCCCAGCAUCCACGCGGCCUACCAGCUGCCGGGCACCGUGAAGCCCCUGCAGCCGGCCGUGCAGAGCGUGCAGGUGCAGCCGUCGUACUCGGCCGGCGCCAAGCCGCCGCCGCCCGCCGCCGCCGAGCUCGGGGCCCUCCUGCCCUCCCCGGGGAGCCUCACCCCGCCCCCCCACAAGAGCAACGUGUCCGCCAUGGAGGAGCUGGUGGAGAAGGUCACGGGCAAGGUCAGCGUCAAGAAGGAGGACAGGCCCGCCGCCGCCGCCGCCGCCGCCGACAGGGAGAAGGGCUCGCCCGCCAAGGCCGCCUCCCCCGGGGCGAAGGAGAACAAGGAUUUCCCCAAGGCCGAGGAGACCGGCAAGCCACAGAGAAAGGGCCCCGAGGCCGAGACGGACAAGGCCAGAAAGGAGGGUCCGGCCGACGCCCACACCCCGAACGGCACCGAGCCGCUCAAGGCCAAGGUCACCAACGGCUGCAACAACCUGGGCAUCAUCACGGACCACUCGGCGGAACCGUCCUUCAUCAACCCGCUGAGCGCCCUGCAGUCCAUCAUGAACACCCACCUGGGCAAGGUGUCCAAGCCCGUGAGCCCCUCGCUGGACCCGCUGGCCAUGCUGUACAAGAUCAGCAACAGCAUGCUGGACAAGCCCGCCUACCCCGCGCCCCCGGGGAAGCAGAGCGACGCCAUCGACCGCUACUACUACGAAAACAGCGACCAGCCCAUCGACCUGACCAAGGCCAAGAGCCGGCCCCUGGCCCCCGGCGCGGCCGACGCCGCCGCCUCCCCGCUGCGGGAGAGCGCGCUCAUGGACAUCUCCGACAUGGUGAAGAACCUCACCGGCCGCCUCACCCCCAAGUCGUCCACGCCCUCCACCGUGUCCGAGAAGUCGGACGCGGACGGCAGCAGCUUCGAGGAGGCGCUGGACGAGCUGUCCCCCGUCCACAAGCGGAAGGGGCGCCAGUCCAACUGGAACCCGCAGCACCUGCUCAUCCUGCAGGCCCAGUUCGCCUCGAGCCUGCGGGAGACGGCCGAGGGCAAGUACAUCCUGUCGGACCUGGGGCCGCAGGAGCGGGUGCACAUCUCCAAGUUCACGGGCCUGUCCAUGACCACCAUCAGCCACUGGCUGGCCAACGUGAAGUACCAGCUGAGGAGGACAGGGGGGACGAAGUUCCUCAAGAACCUGGACACAGGGCAUCCUGUUUUCUUUUGCAACGAUUGUGCCUCUCAAUUCAGAACUGCUUCCACGUACAUCAGCCAUCUGGAGACUCACCUCGGCUUCAGCCUGAAGGACCUCUCCAAGCUGCCGCUCAGCCAGAUCCAGGAGCCGCAGAACGUCUCCAAAGUCCUGGUGGGCAAGGCCCUGGGCCCGCUGGGCGCCGCCGAGGAAGACCUGGGCUCCACAUUCCAGUGCAAGCUCUGCAACCGGACCUUUGCGAGCAAGCACGCGGUCAAACUGCACCUUAGCAAGACGCACGGCAAGUCGCCCGAGGACCACCUGAUCUACGUGACGGAGCUGGAGAAGCAGUAGCGUCGGG